AUGUACACAAUGAGUUCACCAUCCUCGAUGAGUGGGCUAGCUGUCACUCACAGUAAUAGCAUACUACCUACUCCGAUUCCGCGAAGCGUCCCGUGCGUGGCACAGCAACAGCAGCAUCACCAACGACAGGUUUCAGGAGACCUCUCUGGUCAACAUCUGGAUGAUAAUAUGAGCUCAGAUGAUACCGAAUCUUCAGCAUUGGCAUCUUUCGGGGUGCCAAGUGCAGCAGAAGGUGCACAAGCAAAACCACUAUCGCGAAUGAUAAGUAGUAGCAGAAUCAUCACAACAGAGGAGACAGUUUCUAGUUCGCUUUCUUCAAAUUCGCCUCAGAGAAAUCUGUCCAUGACAUCGCAUGGACAACCACCGCCCAUAAUGUCUGGCACUAUCGCUAUGGGUCAUGAAAGUGAUGAUAAUGACACAAUGAUCGACGCAAAUAAUAGGGAAGUUACCACUGGAGAUUUAUCGCUGGUACGACCUUCCAAUCACCGAUAUAGUGAAAAUAAUGGUCCCAUGGUUGCAAUAACAAGGGAAGAGAGCAUCAAAAAUGAAAGAGAAUUAGAGACAGAGGAUGAACCUGAUCGAAGUUGGUUGGGGAAGAAAAAGCUAUUACUAGAUGAUGAUAAUAACAAUAAUAAUGAUGAAAAUGAUAAUAAUAACAAAGGCGCUGCUGAUAGUUGCGAGAUUGAAAAUGAUGAUGAAACAACAUGUGCUUCAUUUGAUAUUGCAACUUUUCCAACUUUAGAAUUAUUGGAAAUGUUAACUGCUUUGUUGGAUAAAAUUGUAAAAUCCAACGAUCACUUGGCAACAUUGAAUGGCGAAACCAAUGUGGGGAAUGAAAAUAUCCAUUUGAAUUCUAAUAAUGUUGAUAGUUUGGAAUCGAUUUUGAGUUUUCGUGGGAAACAUGUUCCACAAAUUAGUUUAGAGCACUAUUUUCAAAGGAUACAAAAAUACUGCCCCACAACAAAUGACGUCUUUUUAUCUCUUUUGGUUUAUUUCGAUAGAAUUUCCAGAAAGUGCAAUGCCAAUCAUGGCGGUGACAGUCCCCAUUUCCAGCAUAGUUCCAGUGUUCAGCAACAGGAACAAGAACAACCACAACAUUCACAGCAACAACAACAAGCAUUUGUCAUGGACUCUCAUAAUAUUCAUAGAUUACUCAUCGCAGGCGUGACUGUAAGCACAAAAUUUUUUAGUGAUUUUUUUUACAGUAACUCUCGUUAUGCGAGAGUUGGAGGUAUUUCUUUACAAGAACUAAAUCAUUUGGAAUUACAAUUCCUUGUACUAUGUGAUUUUGAGCUUUUAGUUUCCACUAAUGAACUGCAGAGGUAUGCAGAUUUAUUGUAUAAGUUUUGGACUUGCUCUACUGAGGUAGAGAACCAGCAAAAGCCAAACGUAUCAAUGGCAACUUGA